AUGAAAAAGAACAAUAAUGGUGCACCUUUAAUCCAAAUCCUCAACUUUGGCAUGAGAGGGGUUGGGAAAUUAGCUAUAGUAGAGCAGUUUGGGAAAGAUUUGUUCAAUGAGAGUAGGGGAACUGUUGACUGUAGUUUAUAUUCCCUACAAGAAAAAGAGUAUCGGAUACCUUCACUAGAAGAGGAUCAGGAGGUAGAAGAAAAGAAAUUUAAAGUUCAAUUAUGGUCUCUUAAUGAGCAAGAUACUAAAGAUGACUCCUUGCUGACCCAUUUUUUUAAGAUCACUGACUGUAUCUGCCUUGUAUAUGAUAUCACUGAUAGAGACUCUUUUGAUAGCAUAGAUUUAUAUGUGAACAAACUUGAGAAAUUUGAUUUCACAGGUCCCAUAAUCCUCAUUGGGAAUAAAUCUGACCUUGAUGACAACAGAGCUAUUUCACCAGAGGAAGGCAAAGAAUUAGCAGACAUCUAUGCCAUUGAAUUCUUUGAAACUAGUGCUAAAACAAAUGAAGGUAUUGAAGAAGCUAUCGAGUGAGUUGUUAGUCAGUAUUAUUCUAAGAAUUAUUAA